AUGGACGCAUCACUAAUUAAAACAGUUAAUAAACUUCAGGAUGCUUUUUCGACCGUCGGAGUUCAAAAUCCUGUUGAUUUGCCUCAGAUUGUAGUAAUAGGUUCUCAAUCGAGUGGUAAAAGUUCUGUACUAGAAAAUAUUGUGGGACGUGACUUUUUGCCAAGAGGAACGGGCAUUGUAACUCGAAGACCUUUGGUAUUGCAGCUUAUAAAUCGACCAUCCCAAAAUGCAAAAGCUGAUGUAAUUGUAAAAGAAGAAACGAAAGAACCGGAAAGUCCUACCAAAGAAUUAAAUGAUGAACCGGAUGAAUGGGGAGAAUUUUUACACAUUCCUGGUGUAAAAUUUUCGGACUUUAAUAAGAUUCGUGAAGAAAUUGUAAAGGAGACUGAAUCAAAGACGGGAAAGAAUGCAGGUAUCUCUCCUUCACCUAUCAACUUAAGAGUGUUUUCCCCUCAUGUUCUCACUUUAACUCUUGUUGACUUGCCUGGUCUCACAAAGGUUCCAGUUGGAGAUCAACCAAAGGAUAUCGAAAAACAGAUUAAAGAUAUGAUUUUAAAAUAUAUUACUAAACCAAACGCAAUUAUUCUCGCGGUAACGGCUGCCAAUACUGAUUUAGCAAAUUCUGACGGGCUAAAAUUAGCUCGCGAAGUCGAUCCGGAAGGAUCACGAACUAUUGGUGUUCUUACGAAAAUUGAUCUCAUGGAUCAAGGAACAGAUGUUGUAGAUAUUUUGGCUGGACGAAUCAUUCCUUUGAGACUUGGUUAUGUACCCGUGGUGAAUCGUGGACAAAAGGAUAUCGAGAAUAGAAAGGCAAUUAAUGUAGCUCUCGAGAAUGAGCGUCAAUUCUUUGAAAAUCAUCCAUCUUACAAGAGUAAAGCACAAUAUUGUGGUACGCCAUUUCUUGCACGGAAGUUGAACAUGAUCCUUAUGCAUCAUAUUCGUAACACACUUCCCGAGAUUAAAUCUAAAAUCCAAGUCGUUCUUCAAAAAUAUCAGGCAGAAUUGCAAUCACUUGGUGAUCCUUUAGAUGAUGGUAAUAAUCAUGCCAAUAUUGUUCUAAAUAUUAUCACGGAAUUUUGCACCGAAUUCCGCACCAUUGUUGACGGUAGUUCGAAUGAGCUCUCUACAUUUGAAUUAUCUGGAGGUGCACCUCUUUUUGUACCUACUACUGCAUUUGAAGUGAUCGUUAAGCAACAAAUUAAACGUUUAGAAGAACCUAGUUUAAAAUGUGUUUCGUUAGUAUAUGAUGAACUUGUUCGUAUUCUAACAACGUUAUUAACAAAACAAUUGUUCAAAAGGUUCCCAGGAUUAAAAGAAAAGUUCUACUCUGUAGUAGUCGUUUUUUUCAAAAAGUCCUUGGUACCUACAAAUAAACUUGUACAAGACCUUGUCAGCAUGGAAUCAUGUUAUAUCAAUACAGGACAUCCAGAUUUUUUGAAUGGACAUAAAGCCAUGAGUAUUGUCAAUGAUAAACUUAAUCCACCACCACCUCCACAGAAUCAACAGAAAAAUAGUUCAUCAUCAGAUAAACCAGCACGAGCAAGUAUUACUAAUCUGAUUAGUAAUUCUGCAGCAAUUGAUAAUAAUGAAGGAAACAAUACAGGAUUUUUUGGAAGUUUCUUUUCGGCUAAAAAAUCGAAGAAACCUGGAGUCAUGGAACCGCCACCUCAAGUAUUAAAAGCAACAGGAAAUUUAUCUGAACGAGAAUAUGCGGAAACUGAAGUGAUAACAAUUAUGCUUUCUCUUGUAUCACACGCUAAAGAAGAACUUCAACGUGAAUUGUUACAAGAACUUUACAAAGCCGAAGUUUUGGAUGAAUUACUUAAAGAAAGUGAAUAUACUCAACAAAGACGAAAAGAGUGUAAGAAAAUGAUUGAAGCUUUACAGAAAGCUGAUGAGGAAAAGGCUCAAAGAAAAUUAAGAGCACAAAGCGGUGGUUUUUAUCUAAUUGACAAAAAGAUAGAAGGGAUAAGUCAUUGCCCUUCCUGUGCUGCUAGAUAUAAAUUGUUAAGAGAACUAGAAAAUGAACAAACAAAGAUUCAACAAGCCCAAAUUUAG